CCAAAACAAAGCCUGUGAAGAUGCCAAAAAACAAGGGAAAAGGUGGUAAAAAUAGACGUCGUGGAAAAAACGAAAGUGACAACCAAAAAAGAGAGUUGGUCACCAAGGACGAAGGUCAAGAAUAUGCUCAAGUUGUCAAAAUGUUGGGUAACGGUCGAAUUGAUGUCCAGUGUUUUGAUGGUAUCAAGAGAAUGGGUCAUAUUAGAGGUAAAUUAAGAAAAAAAGUUUGGAUGGGCCCCGGUGACAUUAUUUUGGUGUCUUUAAGAGAUUUUCAAGAUGACCAAUGCGAUGUUAUUCAAAAAUAUAAUGCUGAUGAAGCCAGAAACUUAAAAAGUAUGGGUGAACUACCUGAAAGUGCCAAAAUUAAUGAAACUAACUUUGGUGGAGAUGAUUCUGAUGAAGAAGUUAACUUUGAAUUUGGUGCCGACGACGAUGACAAUAAAUCUGAUUUGGACAUUGAUGAUAUUUAAAUAUUUCAAUAUUUAAGUAUUUUAUUUUUUUUUCCUCUUUUUUUUCUACUUUUACUUUUUCUUGAAGUAU